UAAUUAGGGAUGUUCAUUGACCACGUAUUGAGUGCGUGUAUUAGAGAGGGUAUGUUAAGUAUAUUAUUAUUGUUUUCUGACAAAUUGUUAUUGUAAAAUACUUCUACGUCGACCUAGACCUUUCACACAAAAACCGUAAUUGCAACGUAAAGGUGUCUCUUGGGGGCAAUACUUUAACGCGAAGAGUAGAACAGUCCAUUUCUAUGAUACCCUAGUAUUAUGAAUUGUACUAGUGUAAGGGUAUGAUGGAUGAAAUAUACACUCUCUAUAUAACCCCCUUACUAUGAAUCAAAGAUUCUGUACAUUAUGAAAUUAAUAUUUGUUGAUGCUCGCUGUUCUUUUUUGUCCCGGUCUCUAAUUAUAACGCCAUUAGCGGCCCUCUCAGGGACUGCCUAUCAGUUUGAUUAAUCUAAUGCCUGUUCCCAGGGACCCGCCACAGCGUGUGUUGUUAUUUCCAGCCUCCAUCGACUGCCCACUGUCUCUCUGAUGUAGGGCUAUGGAUCUCGCUGUUUCGUGUUGUAGUUAGAAACAGGCUCGCGUGUCAGAGUCAGGCUCAGUACCCAGGACAGUCACGUUUACAGUCGAUAAAUACACACAAAGUGCUGCCCCGGGCGCAGCGCCUCUCUCUGUCGACCUCCAUUGCAUAUUUCUACAGUUCUUCUUCAUAAUGAUCACCGCGUGCACACACAAAAACAGUUCACAUGUUAAUUUGCUGCACUCCGUAUCUUUGGUCCUAGUUUCCCCCUGGCUUCAUGGAAAGGUCUGCCGCAAGGAACAGCGCUAAGAAGCACGUGUCGGACCGCGACUGGAAACACCGCUGUAGAAUGCUGACCAGUAUUGAUGACCUCCGCUCCCUCCGCUUCUGGAAGGCGGUGGCGGCGGAGUGCUUGGGGUCCCUAUUUCUGAUCCUCGUGGGGUGCGGGUCGUGUGUGGACUGGGACACAGAGAACAAGGUGGUCCGGGUAUCUCUGUGUUUUGGACUUGCCUACGCCACCAUGAUCUGGACUUUCUAUCACGUGAGUGGCGGUCACAUUAACCCCUCCAUCACGUUCGCUCACUUUGUGACAAGGCGCGUCAGUUUGGCGCGAACUGUCCUGUACAUCGUGGCGCAACUGAUUGGGGCGCUGAUCGGGGCCGGGAUCCUUAAGGGUCUCACCCCCUCCACCCGGGGCGGGGCCGCCACGGCUCUCCACCCAGAGGUGACCAGUGGGCAGGGGUUCGGUGUGGAGCUGUUCAUCACGUUCUUCGUCGUCCUUACCUAUUUUGCCACGUACGACAAGAAGCGUAAGGAUCUGAGUGGGUCCUUCCCCCUCACCUUGGGCCUGGCUAUCGCUGCCAGUCAUCUGUUUGCUUACAGCUACACAGGAGCGAGUCUGAACACCGCCAGAAGUUUUGGGGCAGCAGCCAUGGACGGCGAAUGGAGCGAUCACUGGAUUUACUGGUUGGGGCCGUUCAUUGGAGCCACGCUGGGAGGACUGGUCUAUGAUAACGCCUUUGCGCUCAACGCCUCCCUUGAAAAAGCACGCGCAUUCCUCCUGGCCAGCGAAUACGAGCACGACAGUUACCCCGCCAAAAAGACCACCAUCAAGAUUAUUCAGGAGGAGGUGGAGGAAGUCAACACAACACCGGACAAGCCCGCUCUGGAGUCCGCCUAAACCCGGGGGACCGGUCUUUGAAGUCCACCUAAAUUCGGGGAAACGUUCGUUUUGUAGAGAUAGCUACAUGUAUUUUCCUACAAGGAGUUUUUAAUGUCUUCCUCUUUUUUCUCUGCUUGCUCUUCACACAUUUCAUCAAUGGUCCCCUUUUCUUCUUUAUCGGAGGGGUCCACCAUUUCACAGAUCACAACAGACCUUCCAUUAUUAUUGGUAAUUAGGAAUGUGUUGGGUUUGUUCGCAGACAGUGCUAGCGCUAUUGGUACGUCCAGGCCGUCAGCUUUGGUUACGAUCGCCUCCCUUUGCUCGCCAUCCAGCGUAAAUCGACAGAUGUUAUGAGACCAGCGACCGACCACCAGUAAGCUAUCGUCGUGGACAACCAACGCCCGACAGUACUUCAACGAGGAGUCGGCGGGGAUGAUGGAAUACGCACCGGAGGAGGAAAUGCAAUGAAUGGCGUCAAACUCCCAGCCGGUAAAGUAUAUGUUGUGUCUGUCGUCGGAGCAAAUGUACCUCGCCGAACGGUUCCGUGUGGGGGUUGUGCCAAGGAGGUUGCCUUCGACAUCCAGGGUGGCUAAGUGGGUACCACACGUCACGAUCAGUUUGUCUCCCACUCGAGUGAUUCCAAAACAUUCGUAACCAAUAUGGGCAGUCUUCGUCACUUUUAACUCCUCCAGGUGAAGGAACUGUAUCAUGAGUAGAUUAGGAAACGUCAUCACAAGUUGGUGGUCGUCAAGGAGAACCAUAUCACGUGGUUUUCCGUGUAAAGAAAUUUCGUUGAGGAGGUUCCCUUCUUGGUCGUACAAGAGGAUUCUGGGAUUGCCGCUGUCGGCCAGAAUGAUCCUGUCGACAGGGAGACAGACGACACUCGUUAUCCAGGGCGAGGUGCCAUUAGAGCCUCGUUUUACUCCAAAGAUCUUCUGGAUGUUUAUUUCCAUACCGUACUGUAUACGAGUGUUGUCUUCUCUGUCCUUGGACCACGUCAGCUGAUACAGUGUCCAUUGGAGCAGUAUCUGUAUCACACGGUGUAUAUGUGAUAGAUGAUACCGCACACAGAUAACAACAAAAUGGCGGAAAGGGUUCAUAUUGUUAUUGUAAUUACUGUUAUGUAAUACAUAUUUCUUUGCAUUGUCAGUGUUUGAAUACAGGAUAACUUGAGUGUUUUAUCUUAAAUUAUAUUUAUGUAAGUAUAUAGUUCUACAUACAUACUUGAUAGUUGUGUUUGUGAUACAUAUUGCACGUUACCGGAGACACUUGAUCUUUAUCUGAACUGGAGAUGUGAACAGGAAUUGUACACGACGAAUUGAGUUUAUGUGCACAUAUAAACCCAUUGUACUUUUAUGAACUGUCCCUCUGUUUUUAGGUGAAAGCUCAAAAACUUUAAUUAUUACAUUAAGUU